UUUGUAAUUUGUAGUUUCUCAAAAUAAUUUGUGUUUGUUUCAUAUCUUGUAAAUUAUCUAUUGUUAAUAUUCAAUUUCUCGCAAUACCUCAAGGCUGAAUUUUACAGCUUUCAUCUGAAAAAAAUCGUUUAGUGUUUUCAAUUUACUUUUGUUUAGCCAUAAUGACCAUGGGCGAUGAACUGCCUGUUACCUCUUUAGUUUUACCUGUUCUCAUUCGUCCUGUUUUAUCCCAGCUGGAAAAAUAUCAUUUGGGAGCGUCACAAACUUUACGAGCUGCACUCACCAAGGCGGAAGCGGCAGUGCCAGGACUAAACUAUGAUCUUGUUGCUGGUAUUAUGCGAAGAGCUGAUAUACCUGUGAACAUGAAUGAGAGCUUGCUUCGGCUGCAGGGAACACUUUCUGAAGCUGAAUGUGCCGACUUACGCUUAAAUCGGUCAGAGGAAGCAUUCCAAGAAUUAAACAAAAAGUCAGCAUCUUUAAAAAAAAUUUUAAGCAGAAUUCCUGAUGAAAUAACUGACAGAAAAACAUUCCUUGAAACAAUCAAAGAAAUUGCAUCUGCAAUCAAGAAGUUACUUGAUGCCGUCAAUGAGGUGUCAACUUAUACUCCAGGACCAGGGAAACAAGCACUGGAGCAGAGAAAGAGAGAAUUUGUUAAAUACUCUAAGCGGUUUUCAAAUACUUUGAAGGAGUAUUUUAAAGAGGGACAAGCAAAUGCAGUGUUUGUGAGUGCACUUUAUUUGAUCCAUCAAACAAAUCAAAUCCUCUACACUGUGAAGAAUAAAUCAGAAUAAAGUCCACUGAGGGAGUUUUGCAAAUUAAAAACAAUGUUAAGUAUUAUGAAGGAAAUUCCUAAGAAUUAUAUAUU